AUGCGGCCUUCUUCCAUAAAAUCCCGGUCCACUUGGGCUCUAUUAACCCUGUCCCUAUUUUCCCCCGUCCUGGGCUCGCCUCUAGUUCAAGCGCGAAGAAAGGGCCCCUGGCUGGGACUGAACACCAACUUCCCAGACCCCAGUUUUAUGAAAGCGGCGGACAACAAAUGGUACGCAUUCGGUACCAACGGAAAUGGAAAGCGAGUCCAAGUCGCAGUAUCCAAUGACUUUAAUACAUGGACGCUUCUCGAUAUCGAAGCCCUCCCCACAUUAUCAACAUGGGAGACCGAAAAUGACCACUGGGCUCCAGACGUGGUGAUGAGAGACGAUGGGAAAUAUGUUAUGUAUUACUCCGGCGAAGCAAAAUCAAAACUCAGACACCACUGUGUCGGCACAGCCAUAGCAGACCAUCCAACAGGGCCCUAUGUCCCAAGCAACACACCCCUAUCAUGCCGCCUCGAUCGGGGAGGCUCAAUUGACCCAGCUGGUUUUAAAGACAAAGAUGGAAGUCGCUACGUCGUCUUCAAAGUCGACGGUAAUAGCGUUGGCCACGGCGGAGACUGUAACAAUGGGAUCGAGCCGCUUGUUUCCACACCAGUUUUGUUGCAAAAAGUUGCCGCCGACGGUGUCACACCUAUCGGGGAUGCGGUGCAGAUCCUUGAUCGCAAUACAGCCGAUAAUGACGGCCCCCUUGUCGAGGCGCCGAAUCUCAUUCUCCAUGGUGAUACGUACUUUUUGUUUUAUUCCACCCACUGCUUUACGGACCCCGCUUAUGAUGUGCGCUGGGCUACGUCUAAAAGUAUUACUGGGCCUUAUACUAAAAAGAAUGUUCCUUUGAUUAAUUCCCAGAAUACGGGGCUUAUUUCACCUGGUGGAGGGAAUGUUUGUGGUUGUGGGGAUCGGAUGUUGUUCCAUGGAUUCUGUACUGAGGAGAGGACUAGUAGGUGUAUGUAUGUGGCUGAUGUGAUUCUGGAUGGGACGACGGCAUCAAUUGCUUGA